GCCAAUUCGCUUUGGUAAAGUACUCGAUACUUAUCCCUGCAGUCUUUUGCAAACUAAGAAAGGGUCACACUGCCCGCACAAAAGAAAAUUUUGAGGAAAAAUUUGAGGUUUCCGCUUUUAAUUAACAAUGAUGAAUUAAUUAGCGCUGGAAUUAGCACACGCUACAACUUCAGAAACUUUAAAGGGUCCAAGGCAUUAGAAAGCUAUGGCCGUGCUGGGCGCCCAGUUGGUCAUCACACUGGUGAUGGUCAGCGUUAUCCAGAAGCUGAGUCCGCACUACUCGUUCGCCAAGUGGAUCCUGUGCCGCACCGGUCUACAUCGAUACCUCCAUCCCACCGACGACGAGCUGCGCACCCGUGGCGGAGUGCCCAAGGAGAAGCCACCGAAGGGCGGCCGGAAUAAGCAUGCGGCGAACGGCUCAGGACCGGGAGGAGCCGGAACCCAGUUCCACAUACCGCGCAGCAUCGAAGUGGAGCUGCUGACGUCACCGGUUCUGGAGCGGGAUGUCAUUCACCUGCGAUACUUUACGGAGUACCAGUGGCUGUUGGAUUUCAGCGUAUACACGGGCAUUGUUUACGUGAUCUCCGAGGUGUUCCACUUCUACUUCCCGCUGCGCCAGGAGAUCAACCUGAGCAUGGUGUGGUGCCUGCUAGUCAUCUUCUUUGCCCUGAAGCUGCUCUCCUCGCUCACGGUGCUCUACUUCCAGAGCGAGGAGUCCAUUGGCGAACGAUCUAUGGUGAUCGUUGCCUGUCUAGUCUACCUUCUGGUCGCCAUGGUCGUUCUUAUUGUGGACGAGCGCAUCCUCGAAACAGGUCUGGAGGAUGCCUAUGCCAGCUUCAAUGCCAGCGCAUCAAAGUUCCUAACCGAGCAGGGGCUGCCAUCGUCUGGUCCCGCCUCCAAAAUCGUGGUCAAGUUCUUCUUGGCCAUGGGUUGCGGCCUACUUGGCUCGCUGUUCACCUUUCCCGGCCUGCGGAUGGCCAAGAUGCACUGGGACUCGCUGAAGUACUGUCGGGGUAAUCGCCUAAUGCAGGUGCUCCUUAAUCUCAGUUUCGUGCUGCCCUUCAUCCUGGUCAUCCUGUGGAUUAGGCCCAUCAGCCGCGACUAUCUGACAGUGCGCGUCUUUCAGGGAAUGCAACAGCCGCUACUAAAGCCGCAUGUCUUUGAGACUCUUCGCCUGCUGCUGGUCAUCCUUGUGGUUGUCGUCCGCUUUGCCCUUAUGCCCAUAUAUCUGCAAUCGUACCUGAAUCUGGCCCACGACAAGAUCCUGGAUCUGCGCAAGGAGGCUGGCCGCAUUACCAACGUAGAGUUUAAACAGAAGAUAUCGUCGAUUUUCUAUUACCUGUGUGUUGUGACCCUGCAAUUUGCUGCCCCGCUGAUUCUAUGCCUUUAUCUCACGCUCAUGUACAAGAGUCUGGGCGGCUUCAGUUGGGCGGGCAUUUUCCGUGAAAGUGUUGUCCUGCAGCACGAGUGCGCGGCCAACGAUGUAGAGCCAGUGGGUGCUGCCGUUUCCCAAGGAGAUGGUGACUUCAACAUCAUAGAGUCUGCACAAUCGCUACAGGCUUCAUUUAGUAGCCUGAAAAAUGUGUUCUCCACGGAGGUGUACAAGGGCUUUCUGGGUUUUGCCACCUGGUGGAGUUACUUCACGCUUUUCGCCACUUCCUCGCUGGGCAUUGUCUACCAGUCAUAUUUUAACAAGACCUAAGGCCAUUUAAUUUUACACCUCAAAUCGUUAUAGUAGUACGAGUCUUUUAAUUUAUAGUCCAUUUGUAUCGCACGUGCAGGUACUAUUGAUUUUUUCUCAUUUGGCGACUAUGUUGGCUUUCACCAUGUUUUGUAAAUAAUACUAUUUUACUCAUUGUUUAUAAAGUGUGUAAUAAAGACUUUUAACCCGGCUACCAUGAGAGUAACCAAAAUAAAUAAAA